AUUAUGUAACUAACUUUGUAUUUAUACCAAAUGUUGUAAGCUUCUGUUAAGUCUAGAGGUGGGAACAGACCUUCAGUUGCUUAGUAACUUUGACAGAAAUUGCGGAUUAAGAACUGUGCAUCUUCUCGCGCUCGGUUUUGAAAUUUCGUAAUUGUCGUCUGCUGUGGGUGUCGUCUUGGCAACACGGUCGCUCAGCAACAUUGGUUACGGCGCGCGUCGUUAGUCAGUUGUUAAUGCCCGCACGUGUUUGAGCUUAGUGCGCGAAAAGUUAUUCGUCUUGAUUCUGUGGGUUAAGUUUUGUCACCGAAAUGGAUGAAGGGUACAAAGAAAACAGCGAGUUCUGCAACUAUCGGUCUCCGCUGUCUACUCGGUAUGCCUCGAAAGAAAUGCAGUAUAACUUCAGUGACAUGAAGAAAUUUUCUACCUGGAGGAAACUGUGGAUAUACCUCGCCAAGGCGGAGAAGCAUGCAACUAUUGGAAACUCAGCUGGCUUCCAUCCUGGUGUUGCUGAAGUGACGCAGCUGCCAUUUCAGCCAACCAUGAUCGCUGCGAGGCCUGUACGGGGCCAAGGAACCAGUUUGUCAGCACAUGCUUUGGAACCUUGGUAUCACACUGGCAAUGGUGGAAACAGUUCCUUCAGUUCAGACACAUCGGAUCACAAUUCUUCUUCUUCUUUAGUGGCGUUUACACCCUUAACCAACAUUCCCAUGCCUUGUUUUGUUUUGAUGCUUCCUCAGCAGUCACAGUAAUACUUUGCAUAUCCAUUCUGCAUAAAGCAUUGUAGGCCUAUUGAAACAAUGUUUCUCUGUCACUGCUAUUCAUUCUGUUUCUUCUAUUACUAAAUUUACCUCAGUUCAGCUGUCUAGUCAAAUAACUAUCGGCCCUGAUUCUCAUUCAGGUAGCUGUUUAUGUGAACAGUCUUGUUUGCAUGUUUCUUUUGUGUAUUGUGUUCAAUGAAUGUCCAUUUGUUCUGUUUGUGUACUGUAAU